UUCGCAGCAAGAUUAGCAAUUAACAGCGGUGAUGUUAAUUGUCCGCACGCUGGACGGGCCGACGGGCUAUACUCACACACAUACAUGGCGAUAUGCUCAUAUCGUUAUUUUAUGGGGCGUUAAAUACAGAUCCUAUAAAAGAUUGUUCCAUUAUAUGAUUGAGUUUAAAGCAUUGCGUUUCUUGGCUUGGUUUGGUGGUUUUCGAGACGAUUCACGGAUAUCUUGACUCAUCUCAAGGAAGUUAGUCUCUCUCUCCCACACAAAGGAAUAUCGUUGGCGUUGGAUAGACUAUACCAGACAUAAUGAAGACCGUCAUUGCCAUUGCAGCUUGGUACUGCUUAGCCACAUUGGGAUCUAUUUGUUGGUCAUUGCCAGUGUUGGACUCCAGUUCCGGUAUUGAUAAUGACACCAUAGAAGAAUUGAAGGCCAGUUUGAACGACACUCCCAAAAACCUAUAUGUGGUUAAGGCUGUGGUCUAUGAAAUCGGCAUCCUAACCGAAGUGGGAGAAAAUGAUACCAGUUUUGAGUCACAGGAGCGUGUCGACCUAACCUUCUUCGAUGCACACACCAACAAUAGCUUCAUCGAUUUGGGCAACAUACCGCUGCCCAUUCAGACCAACGUUUCGGGCCAGGUUCUGACUGGCAUUGCCCCCUUCAAUAUUGGCGCAUUUAGCAGUCCAUCGCAAUUGCUGGAAUCUCUACCCCUCACCGGCAGCAUUGUCAAUAUUACCCACAGCGACACGGCGUACUAUCAACUCACCAAAUCCAAUAUUACAGAUGAUGAAAAGCCCAAAGUAAUAGACCCCGAUCAAGUCAAUAAUCUGUCAAAGGUGGCUUCGCUAUUUCCUUCGGCGGGCCUGCCUCCCAUAGGCCAUAAUGAGGCAGCAGAUUCGAUAAAUACGGUCGAAGGCAACUAAAAGAAUUUCCAAGAUUUUAGAUUAACAUAGAAGUUAGAGUUUAGGAAAAGACUGUCAAAUUCGGUAACAAUUGUAAUUUAAAAAAAAAAAAAAAAAAACAAAAUAACAGAGAAGACGAAAACGUGGAAUGUUUUAGCAGUGCUAUACAUUCAUAUUUUAUUUGUAUUAUACUUUUACACCAUAGCUAUAGCCGUGUAUGUGUGAGUAUUGUUGAUCAAUAAUCAUGCACACUAUUUAAAAUUUUUACACUAAAAAACAAAACAAACAACAAAAAAUAUAUGUGACUCAUAUUUA